AUGACAGACGCCUUGUACACUGUACGCUCUCCUGACUGGGGCGGCCGGCGCCGUCAGAACCGCAGGCCUCGGAGUUCAUUCCGGGAGGCCACAGAGUCUGGUGUGACCUCGUUCAUCGACUUAAAGACCAACAACUCCUCAGUUGAGAUAGAGGAAAACAACGCGCUCAAUACCAAGGCCACCAACGAUUACGGCGUCGUCGUGGGCGGUUACACCGACGACGAUGGCGUCCAUCGCGAUCGCUCCCAUGUUGGGCGCCCAAUGUCCUCGGUGUAG